AUGGAUGAAGUUCCUUUUACUCUUGAUAAUUCCUUUAAAUUAUCGGACUCUGAAGCGUUUGAGCCUACAAAUGAAAAUAUAAUCGUUGCUCCUUCAAAGGUUUCUCGGGGUGAUAGUUGUAUGCUCAUGUCCGAUUCAGAUUCUGAACUUGAUCCAAACGACAUCAUACAAGACAUCCCUAUUUAUCUAUCUCAACAACUCACCAAUGAACUUUACAUUAUACAGUAUCCUGUUAGACCACGUACAAACCCUUAUAAUGGUAAUAAUAUACCUCGUGAAGCACGUUUCAAACAACUUUCACAAAAACUUGAACUCGACAUUCCGUUACAAACAAAUUCGCAAUGGUACAAUCAUGAUCGAGGUGAGGAAUUGGCUCUAGGUCUUAAUGAUAAAGAAGCUCGAACCAUUUAUGAUCGAUCGUGGCGACGUGAACGAAAUGAUGGUUUAUUGGAUAAACAGACUUUGCAGUCUACAAUUGUACAACCUCAAGCAAAUUAUUGGAUGGGUGUAGUUAAGGAUGUUCACACAACGUUGCAACUACGCCCGGGUCUAAAAUAUCUUGAUAAAAUUGAUGAAAAAUUAAAGAAUGCUAGUAAAAAGGCACAAGCCAUGGAAGAGGAGGAUCUCGUUAACGACUUAAAAAGUGUUAAAUUAAAUCAAGAAGAUCCUGGAGUAGGUUCAAGUAAAGGAAAAGGUUCGGGAAGGGGAAGGCCUUCGGGCACUACUGGUGAUGAUAAAACUUCGGAUAAAUCAUCACUUAAAAAAAAUACGCGUCCGACUUCUUCUCGUAUGGUAGAGGAAGAAAAAUGGAAAAAGAUGAAAUAUUUUGACGAUAAUUCCACUGAAACAGAAGUAAUUCUUAAUAAGAUGUACGCUUUACAAACUGUUCUAUUGGAAUGUAAGACUAAAAAUAUUAGCGAAUAUAUUGAUGCUAUCAGUACAUUCCCCAAGACGAUCGAUGAAUCAUCGUCGAAUCUUGAAGAAGGACAACCAUCUGAAAUAAAUGCAACGCCAUUCAAUUCCUUGAGGCCAGAGUUAAAUCAAAUGCCUAUACCUAUAACACCCCUGACACCUAAUGUUAUAAAUCCUUUAACAGCAAAUAAAACCCCGUCUAAUCCUCCUACAAGGACAGUUUCCAGGUCAAGAGGUUCAAUUGUUCCUGUUAGAUCCGGAAGAGUAGGCGCACUUCGUGGUCCUGGCAGAGUAAUAAGAGGAAAGAGAGGACAAACUUCACGUCCUAAAAGUUCUUAA